UAGACGUCAGUUCAGAUUUUGAAUAAUUUUGGUAGAUUUGGGUUUUUGCGUUUUGUAUUAUACAUAGACCCAAUUUAUUUGAAUUUUAUGGUACGUUUGUGACGCGAUACAGUCUUCAUGAAAAUUAAUUUUAGGUUUGAAAAAAACUGGUUGGCGGUGUCCUUAUUAGUUCAGUUCAUAAAACUGGGUGGCUAUCGUUCGAAUGUUCUAUGGUUUUGUUUGAGAAAGAAUAAUUUCUUCUGCUUAUCUACUCAAGAUUCAUAAUUUAUCAUUUUGUGUGCUUAAAUCCAUACAUUUCGUGUUAUAAUUUAUUACAGACUUGGUUCAGUUUUAGUUGUGAAAUUUUUUUUAUCAGUCUGUUAAUAAGAGUCUACCUAACAUCUUCGCUCUUCAGCCGAAAAAAAAUUAAUAUACCGGAGCAUUUGAAAUGACAGACAAUAGAUCAACCGUUGUGGUUACAGGAUUUGGACCUUUUGGCAUUCAUUUAAAAAAUGCCAGUUGGGAAGCUGUCAAGUUGUUGCCGAGUAUGCAUUUAGAAGAAGAAUGCAAUGUUCGAUUAAUCACUGAAGAAAUCCCGGUGACUUACGAUGAUGUUGAUACAAUCGUACCUCAGCUUUGGAACAAAUAUCAACCAUUGCUGAUGGUUCAUGCUGGUGUUUCACAUAUCGCCAAAUGUUUAACUUUGGAAUCCUGUGCUAAUAAAAGCGGCUACUGUAAAAGUGAUGCUAAAGAAUGCAUUUUGUUGAAUGGAAUUAAUUCGUUCGGCAAUGAAGAGCAUUUGAAGACAAAACUUGAUUUAAACAACAUUUCAUCAGAAGCGUCCCAAUUCUCAGUGAAUUUAUGUAUAUCUGAUGAUGCGAGCAGGUACUUGUGUGAAUACAUUUAUUACACAUCAUUGAACAUUAACACUUGUAAUACAAUUUUCGUCCAUGUACCAAUGAUUAAUGCCGAGUAUUCAGCUUCAAAAAUAGCCGAACAUCUUAAACUAAUUAUUAAAUUGGCGUUAAAACAAUUACGAGAACUGUAACCCAAAGAAAAUUAUUCCAUUCAUGAAGUGUAUCUUUUUCACUUUUCUAUUUCUUCAUUUAGUACAUUAAUUUAAUAUACUAUAUACUAGGUAUUUAUUUAGUGAAAAAAAUGAAUGUGUAGGUACUAUUGUUCUUUACUCUGCAUGUGGAAAGGUAGUAAUCAUUUUUCUCUGUGUACGUAUUACGUAUGAUAAUCUCAUUUAUUUGUUUGUUUAUUUAUUCAUUUAUUUAUUGAUUUGUCAUUCAUUUUUUAUAUUAGAAAAUCUUAUGUGUCACGUAUAUUGUAUUUUAAAAAUACAAUGAUAAUUUCAAAGACAA